UUUUUCCUGGACUGAAUUUUUCCCCUUCUCAGCAUCAGUAGCAGAGAGACAGCCUCCGAUGACUGUACGGCGGACCUGGCUGUAGUUUUCGUUUAAAAAAAAAAAAGAGAAGGGGUACGUACAAGGACAGCGAUUACGGACAAAAUACAUGACGUCCUUUAAGGGUUUUUGAUUUGGAAGAUCGGUCUUCUGUUCAUUCUGACAACGACAACAACCAGGAAGGUCUAGAGAGGGAGGACAAAAGAGCUGAACCAUGUCAGCCAGAGGGGGGAAGAAGAAGACCACUAAGCUGUCGCGCUCGGCGCGGGCGGGCGUCAUAUUCCCCGUAGGCAGGAUGAUGCGCUACCUGCGCACCGGCACACACAAGUACCGCAUCGGCAUGGGCGCGCCGGUCUACAUGGCAGCCGUCAUCGAGUACCUGGCAGCUGAGAUCCUUGAGUUGGCCGGCAACGCAGCCCGGGACAACAAAAAGGGACGUAUCACCCCCCGGCACAUCAAGUUGGCAGUGGCCAACGACGAGGAGCUCAAUCAGCUCCUGCGAGCAGUCACCAUCUCCAAUGGCGGUGUGCUGCCCCGCAUCCACCCUGAGCUCCUGUCCAAGAAGAGGGGGGGCCGCGUCAAGGUGGAGCCCCAAGUCAUCGUCGCCGAAAAGACAAACCGUGGAAAGGGCGUCAAGAGGCCCCCUGGCAAGAGGAACAAGGGGAAGCCAGGACGCAAGCCCAAGAAGAGCACAGAAAACGACAAAGAGCCCAGCAGUAGCUCCCCCACAGAUGACGGCCUGGGCGACGGCUUCACCAUCCUCUCCGCCAAGAACCUCUUCCUCGGACAGAAGGUGUCCCUCACAGAGAGUGAAAUCGGCAAAAUCGGCUCCAUCAAAGUGGAGGGAAUCAUCAACCCCACCAACGCGGACAUCGACUUGAAGGAUGGAUUCGGUACGGCACUGGAGAAGGCCGGGGGCAGAGAGUUCCUGGAGGCAGUGAAAGAGCUGAGAAAAUCACAGGGCCCUCUGGAGGUUGCCUCAGUGGCGGUGAGCCAGGCGUCAGGCAUGGCGGCUCGUUUCGUGAUCCACUGUAACGUUCCCCACUGGGGCUCAGAAAAGUGUGAGGACCAGCUGGAGAAGACGGUGAAGAACUGCCUCUCCGCCGCCGAGGAGAAGAAACUCAAAUCAGUCGCCUUCCCCCCACUCCCAUCCGGCAGAAACGGUUUCCCGAAGCAGACAGCAGCCCAGCUCAUCCUGAAGGCCAUCUCCAGUCACUUUGUUACCAUGACGACCUCCUCUCUGAAAAACAUAUACUUUGUGCUUUUUGACAGCGAGACCAUUGGCAUCUACCUGCAGGAGUUGGCCAAGCUGGAUGCCAAAUGAGGAGAGCCAGCCCACCACAGCGCUUCAUUCCUGCGUUUGUUUUUUCUUUUUGUUUUGAUUUAUAACAGCGUGGCAGUUGCCGUGGCGACUCCGGAUAGACGUUUCCGCGGCUGGCAUUGUGUUUGGUUGAGGAUUCCUUAUGUGGAUGUGGUUUUUAAAAGAGGGAUAACCAAAAGAAAGUCUUUUUUUGACAAUGUGUUUUGAAUAAGGAUAUUUGUGAGUGUCGUACUGGUUUCCCAUUAUGUUACACUGUUUUCCCUCUUGUCAGGGAACCUCAUAUGUGUAGGUUAGAUGAAACAGCCCCACCAACCCCUCUCCUGCCCAGAACUUGACAUUGUAUCCCUAGAUGAUUUGACAUUCCAUGUACAAAGUUCAUGUCUGGAGGUCUGACGUUGUUUUGUUCUCAUGUUUUUCCCUCAGAUGCUCUGUGUAGUUUCUGAUAAAAGUUAGUUUACUAAGAAAAAAAAAGGUUUCUCAUACUGGUUUGAAAUAAAAUCUACAAUUUUACACCAUA